ACCUCACAGACACUGCCUCCUGCAAGCUCACCCGCCACCACAAACAUUCAAACCAACCGCCAAAAUUCAAUUCCUUCGCAGCUUCUUCACGCGCGCACCCUCGCCCGCCACCAUGUCCGCGGCUAAGACCAAGGUCCAGUCCAUCAUCGACGAGAAUGCCGUCGCCGUCUUCUCCAAAUCAUACUGCCCCUACUGCCGCCAGACCAAGCAGCUGCUCACCGACAAGGGCGCAAAGUUCUACGCCAUCGAGCUUGACCAAGUCGAUGAUGGCUCAGCCAUGCAGGCUGCCCUCGGUGAUCUGACCGGUCAGACCUCCGUCCCCAACAUCUUCAUCGCUCAGAAGCACAUUGGUGGAAACAGCGACCUGCAGGCCAAGAAGGGCGAGCUCCCCAAUCUUCUCAAAGAAGCCGGUGCUGUAUAAAUGCAGACAACGUCUAGAACAAAGCUGUAGCACAUAGUAAUAAGAUGAUCUGUCCAUGCACCAUCA